AUGUCAGAGUAUUCAUAUGAUGAACAAGGUGACGUAUGGCCAUAUUUUCUUAUAGCUAUACUUUCAGUCAUCCUUAUUCCUUUGACCAUCAAUUAUGUCUACAAUGUCUUGAAUUAUCAACAAUCGAUCAUCAAGAUAAAUAGUAAAGUGGAAGGAUCAAUUGUGGAAAAUAAUGAUAGCUUGGAUUUGCCAACAGUUAAAAAGACAACUAGAUCAAGAAUUUUCAAUAAAACUUUGAUAGUAAUCAUUAUUGGAUGGGCUUCUGUGAUCUAUGUUCUUAUCAAUUUAACUAAAUCUGCCGAUAUGUCAUCAAUUUUCGAUCCUUAUGAAAUCUUAGGUAUUUCAUCUUCUUCGACAGAGAAACAAAUUAAGAGUCAUUAUAGAAAGUUAUCAUUGAUUUAUCAUCCAGAUAAAAUUCCUAAGAACUUGAGUGAAGGUGAAAGGGAAAAAAUGGAACAAGAUUUCGUCAGAUUGAAUAAAGCCUAUAAAGCUUUAACUGAUGAAGUUACCAGAGAAAACUUCUUGAAAUUUGGACAUCCUGAUGGUAAGCAAGAAGUAACCAACGGUAUUGCCUUACCUAAGUUCUUAGUUGAAGGAAAAUCAUCAUUAAUUAUGAUUGGUUUCUACAUUGUUUUAAUUGGUGUCUUGUUACCUUUCAUAGUCGGUUCUUGGUGGAAUAAUGUCAAAUCAUAUACCAGUCAUGGGUUACACGUCAAAUCCGCUGACUUAUUUACUAAAUUCUUCACUGACAGAAACCCAGGUAAAGUUAUCACUCCAAAGUUUCUUUUAUCAAUCUUCUUUAAGACUUUCGAAAUCCAAAAAUUAAAUAUUUCAGAAUCUGAAUAUAACAAAAUUCUUGAAAGUUAUACUUCAAGAGAUUUUUCAAAUGCCCAUUCUAAGACUUUUGAUGUUGUUUCCAGUUUACCUGAUUUAAUUGACAAAUUCAAUGAAAUUGCCAUUUUCUUUAGACAAUAUGAUGUCAUCUUGGUAUCAUUAGAGUUGAAAAAGUCCAUAAUUCAAGCUGUUAAAUUCACAGGUAAACACCACGAUAUCUUACAAUUACCUUAUGUUGAUCGAGCAACCGUUGAAAGUCAACCAAUCAAAAGAUUAGGUAAAUUGUUCACUCUCAAGAACGAAGAAUUAAAGAAAGUUUUGGGUAUUAAAGAUGAUGCUAAAUUGAAGAAAUGUAUGGAAAUUGCUGAAAAGAUUUGUAGUUUAAGAAUUGUAUCCAGCGAAUUCCAAGUUCCAGGUGAAGAUAUCGUUCCUCCAACUGCUAAAUCCCAUAUCAACUUGAAAUUCUUGGUCAAAUCACCUAAAUUGAAAUCAUGUCCUGAUCUUAAGGAUGAAGAGAUAAAAGAUGAUUUUAAUGAAAAUAUUGAAUAUUUAAAGGAUCCAUCCGUUGUCAAUAAAUCAGCUCCAUUAUUACCAAUCAGUUAUAGUCCAUUCUUCCCUGAUGAUUUGAGAAACUCAUGGAACGGUAUUUUGAUUAAUCAAAAAGACAACAAAAUUGUUGAAGGAUCAACAAUUAUCAACUUGACUAAUGUUGAUUUAUCUAAUGUCAGUUUAACUCAAGAAGAAUGGAUAAAAGGUAAAGUUUAUGAUGAAAAAACCAAACAAGGAGUGUUGAAAUUGAAUAACUUCAACAUUCCUGUCACCCAACCAACACCUGCUGGACCUGGAUCUUAUCCAUUCCGUCUUAUCUUGAAGAACAAUGCAUAUUUCGGUGUUGAUUUAGAUAUACCACUUUAUAUGGAAGUCAAGAAUCCUCCACCAGUACCUUUAAACAAAGACAAGAUCUUGGGUAAAAAUGUUGAUGACGAUGAUGAUAGUGAUAGUGAUAUCUCUGACCCUGAUGAAGAUACUUUAGCUGGUGCAUUGUCAGCAUUAAGAGGAGGAAAAGUUAAAAAGAUUGAAGAAAUCAAGGAUGAUGAAGAAGAGGAAGAAGAUGACGAAGAUGAAGAUGUGUUCACUGAUAUUAACACUGAUACUGAAGAUGAAGAUGAAUAG